AUGAGCGUUUUAUCUAAAAGAUGGAGGUACAUUUGGACCUCAGUACCUGUUAUUGAUCUUCGGGAAUUGGAAUUUCCUACAAUUGUUGAACAAGAAAACACAGUCGAGGAGGCUGGAAGAGUCAGGGAAUUAUACUUAUUGCAGUAUCAGAGGUUUAUGGAUUUUGUUGACAGAAAGCUAAGUCUUCACCAUGAAACACGAGAUAUAAAGAAAUUUUAUCUCGACAGUCCUGAUCGUUCAUAUUAUGAAAGUUCUCGGGUUGAAGAGUGGAUAUCUUCUUUGAUAACGAGGCAUAAUCUCGAAGAGUUUGCUUUCUAUGCAGAUGGUUCGCCAGUUACGGGCUUAUUUCCUUCGAGUGGGGGACUUGCAUCACUUAUUAUUUUGGAGUUGGAUACGUUUAAUCCAGUUUAUCUUCCUAAUGCAAUAAAUCUUCCAAAGCUCAAGAUUUUUCGCCUUUGGAACACCGACUUGUAUUUGCAUUCUGAAGAUCUGACUCAACAAUUCUUUUCUAACCUCCCUGUUCUCGAAGAAUUGGAGUUGGUGGACUGCCAGUGGAACUCGAUCAUGCCAGAACUAUUUAUUUCAGCUCCCGCUUUGAAAUAUCUGCUCAUUUCUGGUCCUAAUGCAGGCCAAUAUUUUGAUGAUACCGAUGACUCCUCCCCCUCUUAUGAAUUUAAGAUUAACAUUUUCGCACCAAAUCUACAGUCCCUCAGGUACACCGACGUUCCAGCAGAGGACUAUAUUUUGCAUCGCUUUGAGUCACUAGUUGAUGCGGAGAUUGACCUUCACCGAUUUGAUAUGCCUUUUGAUAUGCAAGAAAAAGAUCCAAUUGCAGCCAAAGUUCUUGAAAAGCUUUCUAAUGUAAAACUUUUAAAGAUAUCUGGUAAAACUUUUGAGGCAGUCGCAUUUCCAGACGAUCUCUUCACAAAUUGGCCCGUGUUCCAUAACUUGGUCCAUUUGGAAGUGACCUCGAAGAUCUCUUUUGUGAAGGAUAAAUCAUUCUUGAACUUUCUCAGAAUCACGCCCAAUUUAGAAACAAUUGUUAUUGCUAAGAUGAAAAAAGAUGCAGAAGAGCAGACGGAAAGAAAUGGAGAUGCAAGAAUAUCAUCAGUAAUUCUCAUGAUCCUAGCCAUUACUGUGAUCAGCACACAUCUUGGUAUCAAAGAUGCCGCUGAUGAAGUUCAGGGUGAGAGGCAAAGAGUAGAAAACAAAGAUAACACUGAUGAUCAAUUGAGGAAUUGUAGUUUUGAAGAAGGGGAUUGUUGUUGGAAGAAGAAACCCAGGAAUCAUUGGAGAAAAUUUUAG